GUUUUUUUUUUUUUAUUUGUAUUAUAACAAUGGCAUUCCGAGUACCACCUACUGGACUUGCUAAACAUGUCAACAAUCUUAUCAAAGGCAAUUUAUUGAAAAAGGCACCUGUUUGGCUUCCUGUUGUACAAGCCAUUCCCCCUGGACCUUCUAUUAUUCGUUCUCAACAAGCUCAAGUGAAUGUGAAUGCACAAACUCCAGCUGAACAAGCUCUUUCUUCACCAUUAUCUACCAAUACAUCCAUUCGACAUAAACAAAAACAUUUGCGAACCAAACCACCACGACCACACGCUAUUGUUUAUCCUGAAGAUCGUCUUCGACGUCAGUUCUAUAAAGAUCAUCCUUUUGAACUUUCUCGACCUAAAGUAUUAGUGGAAAACGACGAUGGACUGAACCGAACUGAUUUUAGUCAACUCAUGUUACCUGGUAUGCGUUUAUCUGAAGUGGAUGGUGAAGCUGUGAUUAAAUAUCAACUUCAUCUCAUGACUGAAGAAGGUAUGCCUGAACGAAAAGCCUACGCCAAAGCAACCUCUGAAUUCUAUCUCAUUCGUGCUCAACAAGAAAAAGAAGAACGUGAAGCUAGAGAAAAAAUGACCAAAUUACUCCAGAAUACUACUUCCAACAAAUAUUCAAAGAAAGCCCUUUACCACGAAGAACAAGCUCUUUUGCAAGGCCAAGCUAUGAACAACUAGAUGUAGAUUUCCCCUCUCCCCACCCGUCAACUUGUCAUCCUUUUUCUUUUUCCUUUUUUUAUAUAUUUUUGUUUUAGCAAAUAGAGUCAUCAUUCAUCCAUUCUUACCAAAUUUCAUAUAUUAUCUGUAUACAUUUUUUUUUUUGUCUUCACUUUGAUUUUUUUUACAUACACAAAUAUCUUUUCUUUUUAUUGAAUAAUAAAAAACAAAUACAAAUAAAUAAACAACU